CCAUACACCUACACGCCCCUCCCAACCCCUCGCUCCAUCCGCCUCCUCCGCAUCCACCCCCGCCGCUCCCGCACCCUCCACUGCACGCUCGAAACCCACACGCUCGGCGACCCGCGCACGCCCGCCUACGACGCCCUCUCCUACCACUGGGGCUCCUCCACCCGCACGCACACCAUCCUGCUGCACUCGCCCUCGUCCUCCCCCCGCGGCGCGCAGCCGCCGCCGCUGCCAACGCCAACGCGCCUCCCCGUCCCCGCCAACUGCUUUAAAGCCCUCGCCGACCGCGCCUCGGUCCGCGAGCCGCGCGUCGUCUGGAUCGACUUCCUGUGCAUCGCGCAGCGCGACGCGCGCGAGAAAGCCGUGCAGCUCCCGCUCAUGCGCGCCAUCUACAGCGCCGCACGGCGCACGGUGGCGUGGGUGGGCGACGCG